AAGAACCACUCCCUGGAAAGUCUUGUCAUAGCUUUGUUGUUAUCUGCGACCCAUUGUUUUUUUGUUGUAAUAUUCGGUGGUAGUCAGUGAAGAAUCUCUGGGUGAUGCUGGUUACCCACGGAGUCGGCAGUGCUCGUCAUGGUUCGUCUCAGCAGAAAGGAGAAACAGGACAAAGUUGAGUUGCUGGCCAGCCUGAACCGCUUGAACAACCAGAAAUCGGGGGCAUCCGAGAAUGAUGCAUUCCAUCACUUGCAGGAGCACUCCCACGAUCCCAACGGCGAUGAGCUCAUCUUCAUGCAGGGCCUCCUGCACAACCCGGCCGUAACGCAGGACAUUCGGGUAGAAGAUCUUUGGAACCAUCAUCAACCUGAUUACCAUCCAAUAGAAACAAAUAGCAAAGCUCUACUAGACGACACUAUACGAGCUUGCAACGGCUCUUCUAGUACGGAAGCUGGUGAAUUAUCUAAUUUACUCAAGUCGCCACAUAUUAAGGCCUUACUCAGCUCCCAUGAUGAAAUAGGCGAAAUUAUCGAUUCAGAAAGUAAAGAAGGCCAUUUGUUUCCAAUUGAAUAUUUAAACAGCGACAUGCCUGCCGAAACGAUUAAAAUGGUUGGGUUGCGGCGCAAGCCCAACGAACCUUUAGGUUUAACAGUUGAAGUUGACGAUCAUAAUCAACUUAUGGUAGCGCGAAUAUUAGCCGGCGGAAUAAUUGAUAAGCAAGGAAUGUUACAUCCUGGCGAUGUUAUUCUCGAGGUGAACGGUGUACCGGUGAAUACACCCGAAGAACUUCAGGCGGAAGUAUCGAAAUCAAAAGAAUCUCUAACAUUGAAGAUCGGUCCGAAUGUAGAUGAAGAAAUCAAAUCGGCUAGACUGACCAUGUCUGGAGGCCAGGUAAAAAAUGCCAAAAAUUUAGAACCAGGCAAAAAAUUAACAUGUUAUAUGCGAGCCCUGUUCGACUACAAUCCCGAGGAAGAUACACUUUUGCCAUGCCAAGAUAUUGGAGUAGCCUUCAAGCAUGGCGAUAUUUUGCAGAUCAUCAACGUCAAAGAUCCUAAUUGGUGGCAAGCGAAGAACCUAUCGAAUCCAGAAAGUGAAAUUGGUCUCAUUCCGUCACAAGAACUUGAGGAACGCCGAAAAGCGUAUGUUCCUCCCGAAGCAGAUUACGUGCAUAAAAUCGGAAUAUGUGGAACAAGGAUAUCAAAAAGGAAGAAGAAAACCAUGUACAAAUCAAUGGCAAAUUGCGAUUUUGAUAAAGCCGAUCUGAUGUUAUAUGAAGAAGUGACGAGAAUGCCUCCGUUCAAACGAAAGACUUUGGCCUUAGUUGGUGUACGAGGAGUUGGACGACGUACACUAAAAAAUCGUCUAGUUAACAGUGAUCCAGAUAAAUUUGGAGCAGUUAUUCCACAUACAUCCCGUCCACCGCGAGCUCUUGAAGAGAGCGGAAAAGGAUAUUGGUUCGUAGAUCGUGAAGAAAUGGAAGAGGAGAUCAAGGAAAACAAGUUCCUUGAAUAUGGAGAAUAUAAUGGAAAUUUGUACGGCACACAUUUGGACUCGAUACGUGAUGUCAUCAAAAGUGGGAAAAUGUGCAUUCUAGACUGCGCCCCAAGUGCCCUUAAGAUUUUACAUAACAGUACGGAACUUAUGCCAUUUGUUGUGUUCGUCGCUGCUCCCGGAAUGGAGCAACUGAAACAAAUUUAUGCAGAAAAAAGGGCCACGGGAGGUUCAAGUCGCAAUUUGACGUUCGAUAGACAAAGCUCGAUUCGAUACAGUUCUCGACGAGCACGUACACUAGAGUCAUUAGCGUCGUUAUAUGAAGAUGAAGAUCUUAUAUCAACUGUUGAAGAGAGCUCAAUUUUACAACGAAAAUACGAAAAAUACUUCGAUAUGGUUAUAGUUAACGAAGAUUUUGAUGAAACCUUUAGAAAAGUUAUUGAAGCUUUGGAUCAACUCAGUCACGAGCAUCAAUGGGUUCCAGUUAAUUGGAUUUACUAGUGAAAUGACGAAGGACAAAAUUAAAAUUUGCACUUUCAUAAGUUUUUUGCUCAUUUUUUCUAAAAAGUCUAGCUAAUUGCCUAAAAACUGCCUAAAGUAUAUAUGUACGAGUAGAACCAUGAACACAAAGUAGUAAUGAAGAGAAAAUUUAAUUGAUACAAUUUUAACAUUAGCAUGCGGAAAAAAAAUAAUAAAAGUUCAAUGAGAAUGAUAA